AUGAAUUAUAAUGCCGCCGUUACUAAUUCUAAAAACUCAGGAACAACUACAAAAGCUUCGAUUUCUUCCCAUGGAAGACAGCAUAGGAAAAGUUCUUUACGAUUAUGCCGUCGCAGAAAUUUCUCUAGAACAGUGAAACGAAAACCCUCUCGAAUCAGUCACCACAAAGCCAAGCGUGAAACAAAAAAUGCACCAUGGACUCCCGGUGAUGAUUACUUAUUAAUAAAUUCCGUUGUUAUGGUAUGUAACCUUACGGAAGUGUAUCACACCGUAAGAUUCGCUGUUCAUUUUACGGAGAAAGAAAUUGAAAAUCGUUGGCGUGAUUUACUAUUCGACCCUAUUGUAUCUAGUACUGCACUGAAAGCAAUCGAUAAACUUCCACCGUUUAUAAAAUAUCAACUAGAUAGACAAAUACCAUUCAGUUCACAAGAGGAUAAUAUUAUAGCUCAGAUUUCGUUCUCCGAUGUCUAUCCAGACGGUGUGUUGAAAUCACUCAAUGUAUAUAAUUUAAAUCCUUCCGUAUUUACAGAAAUUUUACGCAAACAUCCAACAAUAUUCUAUACCGGACGAAAUGAACUAGAUUUAUAUCGUCAAUGGUGUCGUUUUUAUAAUUGUCAUUGUAUCAUAGUAAAAGAUGGUGUAAAACCAGUGUCAACACCUGACGAUAACACAUUUUCACCACCAACUUCACCAGAUGUCAAAAUAACAAAUACGGCAACUACAAAUCAUGACCGUGUAUCUUCAUUGAAAGAUGAUAAUUAUUAUAAUCCCAUUGCAUUAGGCGGUGACUCACAAAGUUUUUCUGAUACAGAAUUAUUAUUAGAAGAGACAGUAAAUAAUGCGAUUGUUGCAGGAAUACCUAAAUUAACCGAACCGUCAACCGCAUCACGUAGACAACACAUGUUGAAUCAAACAUCAUAUCAUGGUUUUCAAGGUCUUGUUACACAAACAGUUCUAGAAGCACUUCUUAAAGAAUCAUCUUCUAGUCAACUCAAUGAUUCAACUAUUCAUUCUAGUCCAUAUCAUCAUUAUUCUUCUCCUACUGCCACUGAUGCCUCUUCAACAACAACAGCAGCAACAACAACAACAACUCCGUCUAGUACACGUGGAACAACAUCGUGUGUCGAGUUAAAAUCAUCAUCAAUUGGUCACGAUCAAAGUCAUAUACCACUAACACAAGAAAUAAGUAAUAAAGCACGCUCAUUGUCGUUUACACGUUCAUCGUCUGUGACUACAUCAUUAAAUAAUCAGGAAUUUGAUUUUAAACGUCGAUUAGAAUUACAUCGAAAUCGUGGACGUUUAUGGGCACGUUUACGUCGAACUAAAGAAGAAGCUAAACGUUGGACACGUCUAGUUGAAAUGUAUAUAGCUAAUGGGCUAGAAAUAAUGGAUCCACAACCAACUUAUCCAGCAUUAGCAUCGCUUACAGGAUCAAGAACACAAUUUUUGAUUAAAGAAAAGAAGGUUACAUUUGGUCGCAAUUCAUUUGUUUAUCAGCCACAUAUUAAUUUAUCAAUUGAAAGUGGUGCCAGUGCACGUAUAUCACGUUGUCAUGGUCAAAUACGAUUGAGUAAAGAUGGUAUAUUUUGGUUAGCUAACUUCUCAUCUCAUACAGUUUAUGUUGAUGGUAAUCCAAUACUAACAGACGAAGAAGUUGAGCUGAAAGAUUUCGCGACAAUUUUAAUCGAUCAUAUCACAUUGAGAUUUGAUAUAAAUCAUGAUUACGUGAAUUGGUUAUGUACCAAUGAUAUUUCUACUAACAGUUAUCAUAACAAUAGUAAUAAUAAUAAUAAUGAUAAAAGCUAUACGAUUAACAGUAAUCAUUAUGACAGCAACAAUAUUAAUUUUAACAAUAAUAUGGUAAAGAAUAUUUCAGAAGAAAUUCAACCAAUCAGCGAUAGUCAAAGUGAACUGGAAAAAACCGCUGAAUUAUCGAUAUUAUCAAAUAA